AUGGGUAAAUUUAAACGUUCAAACAAUGCAUCGACUGUUCAAAACAAUUUUCAACGAUUCUUUAUUGUUCAUCGAAUUUCAGACUCCAAAGAAACAUUCCACGGUGUGUCUCCUUUUCUUGUUGAAAAGGAUAUUACUGGAAAUCUAGGUGAAGUGAAAUCUAUUAAUAAACUCAGAUCUGGCGAUCUUUUGGUUGAAGUUGGAUAUGCCAAACAAGCCAAACAAAUUUUAAACCUAAAGUCAUUGUCAACUAUUUCCGUAGAAGUUAAUCCUCACCCAUCAUUAAACUCAUGCAAAGGAGUUAUAUCAUGCGGUGAAUUGUGUAAUGUUUCGAUUGAAGAGAUUAUUGAAAAACUAAAAGAUCUGGGAGUGACCAAUGUAAGACGUAUUACUGUAAGGAGGGAUGGCAAACUCUUAAACACAAAGCAUCUUGUGUUAUCUUUCAAUUCUUCUAAUUUACCAGAUUAUAUUAAAGCUGGAUAUAUGCGCCUUUCUGUAAGAACUUGUAUACCAAACCCUUUGAGAUGCUUCAAUUGCCAGCGUUUUGGACAUUCAAAAUCUUCUUGCCGCGGGACAUUGACAUGCGCCCGUUGGGCAGAAGUAGGCCAUGACAGCACUAACUGUACUAAUGCAGGGAAAUGUGUUAACUGCAAGGAUGAUCAUGCUUCUUUUUCCCGAAACUGCUUUUCUUUGAAACAAGAAAACUAA